CUCGAGCUUCGAUUGUUCCAGGCAACACUGUAGAAUACACCAUCCUCACAACAUCUUUCGUUGCUCCGUCAAGAACCACCACCAAGUGGCCACAUCUAUCUCUACGCUCGCGCAAAUUUCCGAGACUCAUUUUGAAUCGCUCUCUAGAUUGCGUCGAACCCAGCAGAUCGCACCUGUUCCUGCGACAUUCUACCAACCUUUGCGACGUAUUCGCACCUCCUCCACCACCACAGCCACUACUAAAACAACGCCAUAAUGGAUCUCUCCGACUCUUUUCGCUUUGUCAACCUCGCGGUUGCAGUGCUUAUGAUCCUGGGUGGUGUCUCCCAGUUCUUCCCUCUCGGAAUUCAACCAAUUAUCCUCGGGUGCUACACGAUCCUGUUUGGUGUUGCCACCGGUCUCCUGGAGUUCCAGAUCCCUCACCAAGUCUACCGCUAUGCGUCGUUCAUGUUCUCGUUUCUUGGUCGUGGUGUUUUUUACAUCUUCGUCGGCUGCAUCAUUCCCCAUGGACACUGGGCUACAAUCAUUAUCGGCUCGAUCAUCUUCCUUGUCGGAGUCGCCUAUGUCGCUCUCGAAUUUGUGCCCUCUAUUGAGCCCCCUCCAAACAUGCGCGAGGUGGAUGCGGGCUGGGGCGCUGAGCAGGUGUAGUUUGUGAUACACGUCACUAUUUGGGAAGUAAUGCCCUGCCGAGAAUUGGUUAUGUAAGCAUGAAAAGGGCUCUGUGGCCGCCGACAAUGUCAUGUCGACCCAUACCAAGAUGAGACGUUUGGGGUGUGAGAGUAGCGGGAGGAUGGUCUGUUUGACAGCUACUCAGGAGCGCUGCUGGUGAUCAACUGGUGUCAGAAUGUUGAGGAAUAUGUUGCGCCAGCUGAAUGCAGCACAAGUCAAGGGGUACGUAGUUACUUUCAGUAGAUAACAUCAAGGAUGUGUAAGAAGAUCAACGAUUUAGCUUAUACUUUAGUUUGAGGGCAGCAAUGGUGCAGCCAAGUCAACAUUUUGGAUAGGACUGGCCUGCAGUCUUCUGGCAUCCAUAGACAAGCACUGUCCGUAAAGAUGAAGUAUCUUCCAU